CAAUCAACCCCAAAUGGCCGGAGCUGUCUUUUGAUGUGGAGGUAACGGAGGAGGUGGAGGUAGACUACACACCGUUUAUGGAUGUGUAUGCUUCCUGUAACCAGAUCAGGGUUGGAAAUACACUCAGGAAUUAUGGUAAGGGAGAAGUGAUUGGUUGUUAUUACUCCCAUCAAAUGUUGACCCGCUCACACCCGUACUACGAGGUAAAGUGCCUGGCUGCUGACAGUGGGUCUGGAGAGAAAGUUGGUGUCCUUGCUUGGCUGUAUCUUUGAUGUUAUCUGCCAUAAGCAUGAUCCUAUGGGAACUGAUGUGGAUGUUGGAGGAGAGGUAGAAAGCUUUGAAACUGAUGCCAAUAAGAUAUAUGGAUUUGGUAUCGAAGGAGAAUGGGACUCGGAAUACAUUCCUUCUCACAAUAAGUACAAAUUCUACACCACCAUUGAUGGAAAGAGGCACAAAGGUGACCUUCUAAACAAAAAUGCCCAUGCAAAGUCGACGAUGUACCCCCUGGUUGCAGCCCUUGGUGAAGGAGGUGUUAUUAAAAUUUCCCUCAGUCAUAUGGUGGAGGAACCCGAGACAUUUGUGAAGAAGUAUGAGAACAAACAGAUUGAGCGAGGUUUUAUGAAUUACUGUGCUUUGGAUGACGAUGGAAUCCUUAGUCCAAUGAGUUCAACUAAUGGAGGCUUCUUUGUCAGUCACCAUGCUGCUUCAAAGACAAACAAUGUCUUCAGCUUCAAAGUUCUUCAAGCAGGACAAAAGAAAUUUUGUUGUGGUUUGUCAGGAUAUGUUACUGAGAUAAAAGAUUGGCAGAAAGGAGUUAAAGAAUCCGUCAUCUUUAAUGCUGAAACAAACAUACUUAAUAUAAAUCAGGUUGACAAGAAAGAUAUGAUGGAUGCGGAGUUGUCAGAAGGAGAUACAAUCACAAUCACAGUGAACUUCACUACUGAAACUUUUUGCGAGGUUGAUUUCAAACACCAACAAAAAAGUGUAAGUUGA